AAAUAUUUAGUCGUUAAAAGUCCAAAUUGAUCGUACUGAGUAAAAAAAACGAUUAUUUAGAGUCGAUAAUAAAAUCAUGAAGACUAAACCUCGUAAUUUUAUUUUAUAUUUUCAAAUUAUGACUUUCUUGGUGUUAUUUGUUGGUGUGAAUUGUCAAUUAACACCAAAUUUUUACUCAAAAACAUGUCCAAAUCUUCUUAGAGUUGUACGUAGAGAAGUUCAAAGUGCAAUCAAGAAUGAAAUGAGAAUGGCUGCUUCUUUGCUUCGUCUUCACUUUCACGAUUGCUUUGUCAAUGGUUGUGAUGCAUCGUUGUUGUUGGAUGGAAAUAGUAGUACAAGUGAAAAAUUUGCUCCAGGAAAUUUGAACUCAGCAAGAGGAUAUGAAGUGAUAGACAAUAUAAAAACUGUCCUUGAGAAUACGUGUACUGGAAUUGUUUCUUGUGCAGACAUUUUAGCUAUAGCGGUAAGAGAUUCAGUGUUAUUGAGUGGAGGGCCAUUUUGGAAGGUGUUAUUAGGGAGAAGAGAUGGAUUAGCUGCUAAUUUUUCUGGAUCAAGUAAUGGACUUCCAACACCAUUUGAUCCACUUAAUACAAUUAUUUCUAAAUUCCAGGAUGUUGGAUUAAACUUAACAGAUGUUGUGAGCCUAUCAGGUGCACAUUCAAUUGGAUUAGCAAGGUGUACAACAUUUGACAAUAGAUUAAGAAACUUCAAUGGGACAAGUUCACCAGACACAACAUUAGACACAACCAUAGUAAGUGAACUUCAAAAUUUGUGUCCUUCAACAAGUGAUGGAAACAACACAACCCCACUUGAUAGGAAUUCUACAAAUUUAUUUGACAAUCAUUUUUUCAAGAAUUUGAUUAAUGGAAGAGGACUUCUUGAAUCAGACCAAAUCUUGUUCUCUAGUGAUGAUGCUAUAACAACAACAAAAACCCUAGUUGAGACAUAUAGCAAUAACUCUACGUUUUUCUUUAAUGACUUUGUUAAUUCAAUGAUUAAGAUGGGAAACAUUAGUCCUUUGAUCGGAUCGAACGGUCAAAUCAGGACGAACUGUAGGGUUAUUAAUUAAUUUGAAUAAUUAGUAUGUAAUAUUGUGACUCUGAAAUGAUGUUGUAUUUGUGUCAAAUCCUUCAACACACGUUUGAUAGUAUUUUUGAAGAGUUUGAGCAAUAUAGUUGUAAUGUACUAGUAUAAGUAUGAUAUAUGUUGCUUUUGGACCUCUUAAAAAUAUUGUCACACUCAUAUGGAUCCCUUAAAAAUAUAUAACUUUUGGAUGGUCCGUUGACAAUAUUUUCAAAAGGUUCGAGCAUUACAUAUAGUUAUUAUGUACUAAUAUAAGUUGUUGUAACGUGAAAUAUAUGAUAUUAUAUUAAACUUAAUGAAGACAUUUUAGCUUUUGC